CAACCAUAACCUUCCUUUCCAUCUCAUAGCACAAACUCAUCAACUCAGUUUCCUAGCUAAACAGUAUUUCCCUCCAUUAACAAUCAUGUGGAACAGAGUUUUCCUUUCUGGGUUCUUGAUUUUGGCCUCCCUUGUCCACACAAACGCCAUUUCCAGCCACUCUCGUCCCCACCACUCCCACUCCACAGCAGUGCUCGACACAGACGGCAAUGAGCUCCAAGCAGGGAUGCCAUACUACAUCGUUUCCGCCAUCAAGAGAGGCGGCGGUGGCGGUGUCUAUGUGGACAGGAGAGAGAGAUCCACCUCUCAAAGCAGCCACACCACCCAAAUCCCAACAAUAAAACAGAGCUCCUACGACAUGAACAUGGGUACCCCCGUCGUGGUCUCUCCAGCAUCCUCGCAACACCCAGCAGCCGCAGGAGCAAGGUUCCUUGGACAGAUUGGAGAGGGGGAAACAAUGAUUCAGGAAUCGAUGGACAUGAACAUUGGGUUCUCAGGGAUGAACAAUAGGGUGUGGCAGGUGGAAGGGAGGAAGAAGGAGGAAUCGUCAGAGUCGAGGGAUUCGAUGAGGUAUGUGACAUUGGGAGGGAAGCCAGGGUACCCAGGAUCAUCGACAGUGAGGAACUGGUUCCAGAUCGAGAGGAUUAGCCAGAGUAGCCCAACGUAUAGGAUUGUCUACUGCCCCAGCGUUUGCGAGUCUUGCCAAGUGAUUUGUGGGAGUGUUGGGAUCAACAAGAAGAACGGUAACCGAUGGCUGUCGGUGUCGGAGAACAGUGAGUUCCCCUUCGUCUUCGUCAGAGCAGCCCAGGCACAGCCACUCCAGUAACACCAAGGAUGAACAUAGAGAGAGUGAGCAUGCGGGAAUAAUUGUAGAAGUAAUUGCUUCUUUUUUUUUUUUUAUUAUUUAUUGGGGAUAAACUUUUGGAUCAUUCUAUCAAAUAAGUGUUAAUUAAUUUUGAAUAUAUAUAUAUUUUUUUUUUGGUAGAAAUUUUUUUCUUCUUCCUUUCACACAUUUUGUUGUGUUUAUAUGUGUGUGAACUGUGAAGCAUGGUUUAAGAUAUUGAAAUUGAUCUUGGGAUCUGUCUUAUUCGAUAUUGA